GGAGGGGGGCGGGCGGCCGAGAACGUAAACAUGGCGACAGAGCAUACCGGAGGCCGGAGGUCUCCUCCCCCUCGACGGGCUUUCCUAUGACGUCAGCGCUCAAGGUUGUUUGUAAAUCCGAGGUAUUUUUUCGCGACGAGGGUUACCCUGCCACCGUUGGCUGCGUCGCGCGGCCGUGUUAUGGGUUUGCCCGCUGCCGUCCGUGUGGCCCGCCGUGAAUCAUCAUGUGAAGUGGUCGCUGUCGGCCCCGCAGCGCACGGGCCCGCCGCCGAUGCCACGUCGAGGAGGCCAGCCCAGCAUUCGUCGUAGGGCUGGAGCUGAAGGGGCACCAUGAGCAGCCCCGAGGGCCCGGUGGAGGGGCCCCCAUGGCCCCGCAAUCCGCUGGCCAAGCGCAAGAUGUCGGUGGUGCACGGCCCCCUGGUACCCCGCCCCCCGCCCAGCCCGCCCCUGGGGAGUCCGCCCCCCUGCCCUGGGCAGCUGAGCAUGCCCAGCACUGUCUACGGCAGUCCGGGCCGCAGGCUGGAGGAUACCCUGGCCGGACUGCGGCUGGCCCCACCCAGGGAAACCGUCGUGGUCAGGGCCCCCAGGGCCACGCCCAAGCCCAAGGUGACCAGCCCGCAGAUCCUGGAGCAACACAUCAGCAAGAUCAUCUCGGAGAACGCCGCCAUCGUGGAGACACUGGACCCCCUGUGGACCAAGCGCUACAUGCGCAGCACUGCGGGCGAGACCCCCAAUGGGGGCCGCAAGUGGAGUCUGGACCCCGGCGGAACGCCCCGCAAGGGCGGACCCCGUAGGGUUUCGGAAGGCGCCGAUCCGCGUGGCGGGAGCAUCAUCCGGGACCUCCUGCUCCGCGGCGAAGGAGGCGCCGCGACCGCUUCGGAGGGUGCCUGCCCCAAGUGCGGCAUCUGGUUCCGCAGCGGCGCCACCCUCGAAGUCCACUUGGACCACUACUGCAAGGCGCCGAACCCGCCGCCCAAGAAGCGGAAGAUCUCGGAGCCCCCGCUGAGCCGCGCCCCGCGGACGGAGGAGCCCCCGGCGGCAGCGCCCCGCCCCCAGCGGCCCACGUCCCUGGCCCUGGGCGCCUCCGCGCUGGUGGGCUCGACCCUGGUGAGCCCCGAGACGCCACGCCCCAAGAAGCACUGCCUGCAGCUGUAUAUCAACGGCCACGCCUACACCUACCUGGGGCUCAAGUGCUCGACGCGCUCGACAUACUGCUGCAUCUACCGGCCACAGCCCAUGUACGUGGCACAGGAGGCCCACCCGGGGCUCUCCAUGUACUCGGACUGGCGGCUGGUGCCCGCCGCGGCGCCCCUGCCCGGCGUGAGCCACCAGCAGCUGCUGUCCCACUACGACUCCCGCCAGUGGCUCCACGGGGGGCCCACGCUCAGCGCCUGCGGAGGCACCCCCCUCGUCACGCACUCGAGCUACUGGCUCUUCCGCAGCAGGGGCCCCCCCAAGGAUGCGGCCAGCACGGAGGAGACCCCGGAGCCGGCCGGCACCACGGAGCCAGCGGCCAGUCACGCCACGCCGUGGGCGCCGGAGGUUCCGCAGUGGUCCGUCCAGGACACAAGUUCUCAAGGGGGGGACCAAGCCGGGAUUCUGGCUGGCGCCGAAGGUGGGACUCGGGAGCGGAGGAGCCAAGAUAUGAUCGUAGACAUCCAAGAGAGGAUCCAAGAGACCUCCCAAGAGCCGAUUCAUGAGCCGAUUCAGGAGCCAAACCGGGAGGCGAUGCCGGAGCCUUACCAGGAACCGAUGCAGGAGGUGGUCCAGGACAGCUUCCAGGAGAGGCCUCCGGAGGUAGAGGCGUCCCAGGACAACCCCAAGGAGGCGGUUCCCCCGGGGAUUCCCCAUGGGACGUCCCCCAAGCGGGUGCGGAUCUUCGAAGGGGGCUUCAAGUCCAACGAGGCAUACACGUACGUGCGGGGCCGUGGCCGGGGCAAGUACGUGUGUGAGGAGUGUGGCAUCCGCUGCAAGAAGCCCAGCAUGCUGAAGAAGCACAUCCGGACUCACACGGACCUGCGUCCCUUCUCGUGCCACCACUGCUGCUUCGCCUUCAAGACCAAGGGCAACCUGACCAAGCACAUGAAGUCCAAGGCCCACCACAAGAAGUGCACGGAGCUGGGCAUCCUGCCUGUGCCCACCACGGUGGACGACUCCACCCAGGUGGAUGCAGACACCCUGGCGCGGCAGGAGCAGCAGCAGCGGGAGAUCUCGGAGGAGGACGACGAGGACGAUGAUGAGGACGAGGACGACGAGGACGAGGACGAUGAGGAGGAUGACGAGGACGACGAGGACGAGGAGGACGAUGAGGAAGAGGAGGAGGAGGAGGAGGACGACGAGGGUCGCCCCAUGCUGCUGGGCCCCGUGCACGGGAGCGGCGCGGAGGCGGCGGAAGAGCAGGAGGCAGCGCACAGCCUGCUGCACCUGUCUGCGGCCCCGGAGCACGCCUGGCCCCUGCCCCGGCCUCCGUGCGAGCCCCACCGGCCCCGGUCGCUCUCGAUGGACCUGCACGAGCGGGGGCCCCCCGAGGAGCCCGCCCGGCGCUAUUCCAUGUCCUCCCUGGGCCGGGACGAGGGCCCCAUGGACCUGAGCACGGCCCGACAGCGCCGCCUGGAGAUCCUGCCGGGUGGCAUCGUGUCGGGGCAGAAUGUGCGCUCCUUCUCGCGCCUGGCCCUGGAGGGCGAGCCCGCCUCCGAGGAGGGCCGCUGCUCCAUCUGCCACAAAAGCUUCGCCCGCGCCAGCCAGCUGCGCAUGCACGUCAACAUCCACUACUUCGAGCGGCCCUUCCGGUGCGAGGCUUGCGCGGUGUCCUUCCGCACCCGGGGCCACCUGCAGAAGCACCGGCGCUCGGUGAGCCACUACAACCGUCUCAACAUGAACCUGACGUUCGGCACGCCCACGGCGGAGAACCCCCGGCCCUUCAAGUGCGAGGACUGCAAGAUCGCCUUCCGCAUCCACGGCCACCUGGCCAAGCACCUGCGCUCCAAGAUGCACAUCCUCAAGCUGGAGUGCCUGGGCAAGCUGCCCUUCGGCACCUACGCCGAGAUGGAGCGAUCGGGGAUCAACCUCAACGAGAUCGACACCUCCGACUGCGACCACUCCCUCGAGAGCCUGCAGGUGCUCGCCCAAAAGAUGAGCGGGGUGUCCUCCCCGGAGGAGCCCGCCCCUCCCCACGAGGAGCGCUGGGAGGGUGGGGCCCUGCGGCCAUGCCCGCUUUGCGGCCGCCUGCUCAAGAGCGCCAAGUCGCUCCAGGUGCACCUGCACUGCGACCACCAGGAGGCCGAGCCCUGCUGCUCCAUCUGCCAGCGGCACUUCCCCUCACAGGCACAGCUGCAACAGCACCUGGUGACACACACCCAACCCCGGCCGUACGUCUGCGACCGGUGCGACGCAGGCUUCACCUCGGCGCCCCUGCUGGCCAAUCACAGACGCUGUUCCCACCCGGAGGCGGUCCUCUGAAGGAAGAAAAACAAUGGGGGACCCCCCCCCAUCACCCGGUGCUGUCCAUACAUGUACAUAGGGCCCCACGCCCCCACCCUUCGCCACCCCCGGCUUGUACAUACGUUGGUUUGUUAGUUUGUUAGAGACUGCUUGGUUGACCAAUAAAGACGCCCUCUUGCGA